GGUGUCAAUUUCGUGGCGGGAAUAAACGCUCGGAUGUUCCGGUAGAGCUCAGACUCAUGGCCUCUGCAAUGGAGCAGCCGGGCGCUGCGGCCGGGGUUGAGGACUGCGGAGCGGUGAGGGGUGCGCCACAGGCCGCGGAGGACAACGUGGAGGACCGCAUCCGCCUGCUGCUCAGGCUGAGGGCACAGACUAAACAACAACUCUUAGAAUACAAGUCGAUGAUUGAUGCAAAUGAAGAAAAAACUCCAGAACAGAUCAUGCAAGAAAAACAAAUGGAAUUUAAAAUUGAAGACCUGGAAAAUGAAAUUGAAGAUGUAAAAAGUAAUUUUGAAAUGAAAAAUCUUGCACUAAACAGGAUGAAACUUUCAGCUGCGCUUAAAAAUAACAUGGAAAAGGUGGGCGUUGAGAGUAGUGUGCUCACUGAUGACCUGAAGCACAUAUUAAAGCUACAGAAGUUGAUAAUGAAGUCACAGGAGGAGUCUUCGGAAUUAGAGGCAAAGCUGCUUGAUGUUAGGAAGAAGAGACUUCAAUUAAAACAAACUUCAAGAAGCAAGCUUUUAGAAAUACAAACUGAGAAGAGCAAACAGAAAGAGGAUUUGGACAAUAUGGAAAAUUCAGAAAUAAUAAAGACCAUGCAAAAGAAGCUACAGAUGGAGAUAAAGAUUACCACAGUUAUUCAACAUGUGUUCCAGGGCCUUAUUUUGGGGAGUAAAAUCAACUGGGCAGAGGAUCCUGCCCUCAGGGAAAUUGUGUUGCAGCUGGAGAAGAAUCUCACCACCGUCUAAUAAGAAUCCUGCUUUGGCAUUUGAA